GGGGUUUUGACCGCCUGGCGAAGAACGACAUGGCAUCGCGGGUAUGCAGCGUGGAGAACAGCGCGAUCAACCUCAGCGUGUUCCGCGAAGACGCGCGCCGGGAGUUGUUUAGCAUCUUGGAUGGCCUUCGUGACAAGGAACGCUCUAACUUGUCCUUGGUGCUCGAUCCGGAACUCAGCGGACUCGUCGCGCAAGUUCUCGUAGAAGGAGCUGGAGUCCUCAAGGACCAUGGGAUCGUCCAGUUCAAGGAACUCACAGCCGACGUUGGACCUGGUCCACCUGCGGGGUGUGACGUGAUGGUGUUUAUUGUACGUCCAAGCUUUUCUGCUGUCCACGACGUUGCUUCAACAAUUAAAGCACUCGCGGGCAAGUUCAAAGUCCGCUUCCAUCUCUACUACACACCCAAGCGAACCCUCGCAUGCGAUGAAAUGCUCAAGAAAGCUGGCGUGAUGGGGUCGUUGGCGAUCGGCGAGUUCCCCAUGGACUUGGUGCCUGUCGAAGAAGACAUCUUGAGUCUCGAGCUGUCAGAAGGGUUCAACGACCUCUUCGUUCACAACGAUCGCAGCCAUUUGCAUACCGUCGCGGGGUCGGUGAACAAGCUCCAGACGCUCUUUGGACAAAUCCCGAACGUCAAGUACAAAGGGUCGAUGUCGCAAGUCGUUGUUGAGUCAAUGGCGCUGUUCCAGAAAAAGCUGCGGGCAGACGGACACUCGAACGGGUCUGUCGAGCCCGAGAUUGACACGUUGAUACUUCUCGACCGCACCGUCGAUCUGGUCUCGCCUCUCGUCACUCCAUUCACGUACGAAGGGUUGUUGGAUGAAAUCAUCGGCAUUACGAAUGGCGUCGUCAAGGUCGAUGCUGAGCUCGUGGAGGACGACUCGGACAAGUCCAAGAAGGCGGCCGCUGCGCCUCGCGGCGGUCUCGUCCCGGUCAACUUGAACUCGACCGAUUCGCUGUACGCGGAAGUUCGCGACUUUCACACGGAACGGUUGGGCGCCCAUUUACAAAACAAGGCUCGUGAAAUUCGCGAACGGUACGAGGAAUUCCGCAAGAAAAACGCGUCGAUUUCGGAAAUCCGCGAUUUUGUCAAGCGCAUUCCGGGACUCAAGCAAUCGUACGCGGCGUUGCAGCUCCACAUCAACUUUGCCGAGCUGAUCAAGCGGACGACCGAUUCGAAAGCGUUCACGGACCUGUGGCACCACGAACGAUCAAUGCUCGAGGGCCAGUCCCUUUUGGAAGAGCUCGAGGAACUCAUCGGGCUGCAGGAACCACUUCUGAAAGUGCUGCGACUGCUGUGCCUGCAGUCGCUCACAAGCGGCGGGAUCAAAGCCAAAUCGUUCGACUUGCUCCGCCGGGAGCUCAUCCAGACGUAUGGGUUUGAGAUGCUCCUUGUCUUGGGCAACUUGGAAAAAGUCGGGCUGUUGCGCCGCCAGGACAGCUUGUUUCCCGUCGCAAGCUCGUCCGCGUUUCUCACAGUGCGCAAGUCUCUUCGCCUCAUCAACGACAACGUGAACGUACUCAAUCCCAAAGACAUUGCGUAAGUCAGUGGCCGAUCCCUUCCGUCCAGCCUCCCCACGAUACUCCGUUUGAGGUGGUGGGACCGGCCUCGCCCUAGCUGGCAUGCGCAUGGGCAUUCCUGUCGCCCAUGUUUGUCAUUUUUGCGACGAAAUGUGGACUCGCCAGUGCAUUUUCAUCGUGGUGUUCGGGAACUGUAGGUACGUGACCAAGGGGUAUGCACCGUUGAGUGUUCGCCUGGUCGAGAUCGCCGCGACCAACAGAAUGACCCACACGACGGGGUGGAAAACGAUUCAAGACACGAUGAAGCAGCUGCCAGGGCCGAGCGACGAAAUCUCGCAAGUGCCACCGACCACCGCCACUGCCGACGCGACUGGCGCGACGGACAAGAAGGAAAAGGGCUUUGGCGCGGACGAACGCAGAGUCAUGGUAGUGUACUUUGUCGGCGGUGUCACGUUUAUGGAAAUCGCGGCGCUGCGCCACUUGUCCAAACAGCCCGAGUGUCCGUUUGACAUUGUGAUUGCCACGACCAAGAUCUUGAACGGAAACUCGCUCAUCAAGUCGAUCGUGGACAAGGACUUGGUCCCGGCACUCAAGUUGUAAUGAGUUCCCCCGAAUACAUUGCAUUCCAAAACACA